CGUGCAAAGGAAAUGUGACUAGAGGGGUCAGAAGAGGAUAAAUCGUGAAAUCUUUGAAUUCUAGGCCAAGACUUUGGGUUUGACUCUGUGUCAGUGGGAGCCAUUGAUGGUUUUGGAGGAGAGUGAUCUGAGCCCUGCUUUAGAGUGAUUUCCGCGGUGUUGCGUGCAAGGGAAGGCAUGGUGUGGUGUGCCUACUGUGACUUCAGAGUCAGACCCCCACUGGCUGUGGGCUUCCACCUGCAUCAGGCAUCAAAGGUUGUGGAUGGAUUGAGGACCUCAUGAGAAAAUGGGUGCAAAUAACCCAAUUUUAAUGGGAUGGAAAUUUUCCAGACCCAGUGCAAUUUGAUUUUUGCAGUUUGUGUUUUUAAAGAGGUCCCGAUUCUAAUGUCAGCAACUCUGGAAGAGGAACUAAUGAAGGGCAAACUUAAAUGCACGAUGCAGGCACCCCCAGGUCAUCUGUGCCAUGAGGAUUUGGGAAACUCAAAGAGCAUUGUAAAAUGCAUAUAUUUUAUAAAUAGAUUCCAGUGCCCUCAGCUUGCUAGUUGGUAAUCCCUGUAUCCAGACUGUUGCUAGAGUAAGUCACGUCUCCUGGGGAUUCAGUGUGGUUUGGGACUUUGAAGGGACCUCACACUGUUUGGCUGAAGCUGCUGAGGUUCAGGGGUAGAAGUGCCACUCUGGCAGGCGGCGGCGGCAGGGUUGGGAGCUACAAGCUACGUUGCCUGCCUCUGAGAACAUUCUUUCCCCUGUGGUCCACCAUGUGGCCCCACUGCUUACUUUUGUUCACAUUUCUCCCUCCUGGAAGCCUUUCCCUCUGGGGGUAGAGAUGGGAAGGAAGCCUGCCCUUGGAGACUGACAAUCACAGAACCAGGUGGGCCAGCACCCACCUGGCCUAUGAACCCUUGUUGUAACCAUGGGAACCUCGUAGCUUGGAAAGGAGGGGUCAGGUAGCCCAGGCCACAUGAAAAGCUGUGGCUGGUCCAGCCCUGGCAUCAGCUUUUCUGGUUCUGUCUGCUGUCCCUUUUUUCCCAUACCUCACUUGCAAUAGAAGAGGAUGAAGCCGUGCUCGCUGCCCUGCAUGUUGGGUGGUCUGGAACCAUUCAGGAUGAUAUUGAGCCCUCAGACUCUCCCAGAGCAAGGAACCCCUGGCUUCACAGGAUGUGGGAUCUCAGAGGCAGCCCAGAGGCGGGGAAUGGAAUGGAAUGCUUCUAAGGAAGAGGGACUCUCCGUAUUUUCUCUGGGGAAUUUUCUAACAUUGAGAUCCAAGAAUGAAGUUGGAGGUGCCUUUCUUUUCUUUAAGAAGUAAUCAUUUCCAAGACUAGCCUCCUUUCUCCGUUGUUUCUGCAUUACUGAAACACAUGAAUACCCUUUCUUAAUUAGAUGAAGAAAUUAAAUUGAAGCCACUGCUCACAUACCUGCUGGGUAGUGGGGCUGAAGGAUAGAGCUUAUUACAAUUUCCUGACCCAGCUAUCUGGCCCUGGGCCAGCGUCUUAACCUCCCUGGAUGGCUCCAGUUUUUUGAGGAUAAAACUGAGGUGUUGGUGUAAAUAUUUUCCAAGAUCCAGAAAUAAAAAUGUACUGUUGGAUCAUAUUUUUUUUCCAGGAGAAUAAAUAUUACAGGACGACUCACCAAGUACAACCAUUCGUAAGGGUUUGUUUGUUUCCCAAGAGAAAAUAUUUUAACUUUCAGAAGAGUGGCUUUUUUCCAAAGUGAAAUGGUGAGAAAUGAAGCUUUGAGGAGGGUGGCUCAUUGCUGGUAGGAGCCUUCACCUUGCUUCACUCCACAGAUAACCCAAGACCUGAAUUUAAAGGUGCCUACUUCCUGGAUGUUCCGUAGAACUGGAAGGCAGGCUUUCUCUAAGGAGCAGCCUUUAAACUGGAUGCAGUGUUCCAGACAAAAGCAAGUUCCUUGGUGGCAUGCAGUGUGUCAACCAGUAUUUUAUCAUCUCAGGCAUCCAGUACCCUGCUGACUCUGACAUGCCCCCAGCCUCCCCCAGCUCUGCAGGGAGCCCUGGUGCCAGAGACCUUCUCCCAUUUCUCCCUAUGGGUGCCUGACCUGAGGGCAGAGACAUCUGAGUGUGUAUAAGCACAGCAGGACACCAGGACCUGGCCUGAAGACAUUUCCUCUCUUCCCCUCUGGACUUCUCAGAGACUGUUCUGCGAUGACCACAGCAAGGUACCGGCCCACCUGGGACCUGGCCCUCGACCCGCUGGUGUCUUGCAAGCUCUGUCUUGGGGAGUACCCAGUGGAGCAGAUGACAACCAUAGCCCAGUGCCAAUGCAUCUUCUGUACUCUGUGCCUGAAACAGUAUGUUGAGCUCUUGAUCAAAGAAGGAUUAGAAACCGCAAUUAGCUGCCCAGAUGCUGCCUGCCCUAAACAGGGCCACCUACAGGAGAACGAGAUUGAGUGCAUGGUUGCAGCUGAAAUUAUGCAAAGAUAUAAAAAGCUACAAUUUGAAAGAGAGGUGCUGUUUGAUCCCUGUCGGACUUGGUGCCCGGCGUCCACCUGCCAAGCUGUGUGUCAGCUCCAGGACGUGGGGCUGCAGACCCCCCAGCCAGUGCAGUGCAAAGCCUGCCGUAUGGAAUUCUGCUCCACCUGCAAAGCCAGCUGGCACCCUGGCCAGGGCUGCCCGGAGACCAUGCCGAUCACCUUCCUCCCCGGGGAGACCAGGUACCCUUUGUACACAAGCUGCCACCAAAGGCAUGGCUGUGGGCCAGGAGAAGCAGGCGUGCUUUCUUCCUAAAAGUGCUGUUACAGUUGCUGCUUUCAAAAUGGAAGAAGAUGACGCGCCCAUCAAGCGCUGCCCCAAGUGCAAAGUCUACAUUGAGCGAGACGAAGGCUGCGCGCAGAUGAUGUGCAAGAACUGCAAGCACGCCUUCUGCUGGUACUGCCUGGAGUCUCUGGACGAUGAUUUCCUUCUGAUACACUACGAUAAGGGACCCUGCCGGAACAAGCUGGGCCACUCCCGGGCAUCGGUGAUCUGGCAUCGGACACAGGUUGUGGGCAUUUUUGCAGGAUUUGGGCUGCUGCUCUUGGUGGCCUCACCUUUCCUACUCCUGGCCACUCCCUUUGUACUUUGCUGCAAGUGCAAGUGCAGUAAAGGUGAUGACGACCCGUUACCCACCUAGAGGAAGCGCGAUGCUGGAACACAUCCCUGCCUCCGGGAAGUGUGGCUCUCCCCCAACCCUCCCCACCGUCCCCCCUUCACUAAACAUCUUUCUUGCCUUAUGUGCCCCAUUGAGCUUCACAGUGUCAGGCUGGACGCCGUGAUUUCAGGGACCUAUGUCACAACGUUCGCUGAGGCCCCAGGUGUGGUGGGGAGGGGAGGCAGGUGUGGGUAGCGCACAUCCCCACAGAUCAAUCUCUGCAGAUGACAGGGAGGUGCUGUGAGAAGUGCACCAGGCAGCUUUCUCUCUGUGGUAGACUAGGCAUGUCUGGGGAUGGCCUAAGAGACUUUCUGCUCCUCGGCUUCUAGAUGGCACCAUGUUGUCAGAGAAGUCUUUUAAGGACUGCCACUCUCUUCAGACAGAAUCUGAUUAUUCCAGCUUGAGAGAAGCACUCUGUUUAUGACAACUGUUUUUAUUACUAAUGGCAUUUAGUAAAAUCCUUUUUAGAAGGUAUUUUUUUUCCAACUGAGUAGUGAAAAUCAACAAGGUGCAUAUAAACCAUCCUAUGCCUUUCUUGAAAUGUGCAUUUUAAGAAGUGAUAGUUAAACGACUUUUCAGGAGAUUUAGAAAGCCUUAUGCACUCUUUGUGUUUUUCUUGAAACUUGCUGUAAUAACUUUUUGAACGCUGUAAGCUGUGUACUGUUAUAAAUGUGCUUCCUAUAUUGUUGCAUUUCCUUGAUAAUAUUGACGUGUUUAAAGGAACAUCUCAUCUCCAUUAGAUUUGCCUUUUGUUGUUUUCUCUCUUUGGUGAUUCAGCUCAGCUCAUGGGCCUCAUCCCUUCUCUCCCAGGUAGCAGAAAAUGCUUUUUAUUGUAUUCAAUCCCACUGCUUUGCUCAGCAAUGGUUCUCCUCCGAAUUGCUGCCAUCUGGCCUCUGGCCUCAGUCUUCAGAUAGACAGUAAGAAGAAAGCAGCCUCAUUGAUCCGCAGACGUAGGGGCUUCUUGGCAGAGGCUGGGGGACUCUGGGGGCUAGGGAAGAGCCUGCCAGAUUUUCACAUUUUUAAAAUGUUCUAGUCAUUUUGAGAAAUCAUAUAUCUUACACAGUUCCAAGUCCUGUUGCUAACCAUUUUGCUCUUGUUGGGGAAAAGAACCUCCCAUUUCACUUCGUUUUAACGUGGGGAUUUUACCACUUGAUCUUUUACGGGGCUGUCUGUGACCAUUUCCAUGGCAGCAGGAUGCAGGGAUUAAUAAGGACACACACACAUUACUCCACCAAUUGACUUUGAAAAGUGGAGAAAGUGUAUUCUUUAAAGAGAAUUUACUUCUAAAAGCCACAGGUGCUUUUACAAAGCAAACUGCAUUGAAUUUAAAACUUCUAAAAAUAACAGGCAAAUAUUGUAGAUAUAUUACAGUGGGAUUUUAAAAAUCUUGUUAAACAUUCUAUAAAGAAGUAAAACAAAAUCCUUUUAUCUCAGUUAUUUGCCCAUCACAAGCACAUUUUUAAAAUGUUGCUUUGUGUGUGUUUGACUUCUGCAUUUGAGUAUCAGUCUCAGGUCCUAGUUUACUUUCCCUGGUUGGAAAUUUAUUUCUUAUUUCCUAACAUUGAAUUCGUUAGAAGAAACAGCGUCACCUCACUCUUCACCUGUCAUGUUGAUUUUCCUUAUGAACCCGAAGCCAUUUAGAAAAUCCCUGUGUGUCAAAAUUACAUUCAAAAAGCUCUCCUUGUAAUUGCAAGUUUAGUAACUCAGUAAGAACAUGCCUGCGACUCCCUUUCUGGAUGGAACCUGGGCUGUGGCUCUCUGUCGUUUGUGGUGCUGUGAUGGUGUCUACUGUUAGAAUAGCUUUUCUGGAGGUGAGUGGCAACUCCACGCGGAGUCAUUGGCUGGGCUUGAGCCCUCAGCCUGUGAUAUGUGGAUGCAGCUGUCCAGCCACUGCCCUUUAACAUGCCCAGCACACAUGGGAGGCCUGUGGCCCUGUGUCCAGUGGCCCACAGGACACGCCUCCACCACAUGCUCAUCCUUCCUGCCUGAAAUUGCUGCUGCCCAUCGCAUGAGCCCACACAGUAGCACCCCCGUCCUUAGGAUGAGAGUCAGAGCCUUUGGAAAGGCUGCAUCCCCAGGGCUAGAGCUCAGAUGACCUUAUUUCUAGAGGGACAGGCUGUUCUGUUGGAAGAGUCUCUGGCCCAGUCAUGCACAUCUGUAGCCCCAGCCAUCCUUGUGCCUUCACCUCUGAUGUGUUUCACAAGCACGUAGUUCAACCCAGAUAGGGACCACAGAGAUUCUGGGGCCAGCCAGGGGCAGUCAAAUUAGCACCUACUGGCUCUGACUUUUUGUAUGAAGCAUGCCUCAGUUUCCUCAUUUUGAUCUAGAUAUAAAAUUAAAAUUGUCCAUUUCCUAUAUAAAUACCAGCAAGAUCACUCUGAGAUACAUAAACUCGCAUUUCCUUCUGUUUUAGUAAGGAGUGCCAGACUUAUCUUUGAUGGGAAUACAGUAUGAACCCUGCUUGAUGUAAAACGGAAAUAGCACACAGGCAGAUGGCCCUAGGUUUGGACUUUGAUCUUGCCAUCAUUCCCCAGUAAAACCUGGGGAGUUCUGCAUUGAGUGGACGGACUUAUUCCUGUGAAGCGGCAUAAUUUGUCUCCAUUGAAAAAUGGCAUUCACUCUUACAGAUGGUGUUCACUGCAAGCCCCAGAAGCACAUGGCAUGUGUUCACUAAGAGGCCUUUAAUCCUGGGGAGUAAGGGGCGAAGGCCCUUAGACAACCAUGGCUGCUGCACUGCCGCCCAGGGUGAGUGGCCAGUGAGGACUGGCCUUAGCCCAGUGGACCUGUGGCUUCUCUGAGGCCCUUGAGUAACUGACCACAUUUGGAGGUUUUGCUGGAAAUGCCUGACCUCUCGGUCUGGCUCUGCUGUGUAGUCCAUAGCCUAGCCAGAUGAGCUUGCAGCCUCACAGGAGGUCAGCACCUUGCAAAGAUGCAGUCACCAUAGAUGUCCACGUAGCAGAGACUGACUUAGGAUCUGAGAUAAAGCAUCAGAUUGCAGGAAUAACUGUCCAAAUUAGUUCUUCCUCCUCAACUCACAGGAGUAGCUGUGGACAGAGGAACCAACAUCUGCCACCUCUGGCAUUUUCUUUCUUUCUUUUUCUUUUUGAGAUGGAGUUUCGCUUUUGUCCCCCAAGCUGGAGUACAAUGACAGGAUCUCGGCUCACUGCAAGCUCUGCCUCCCGGGUUCAAAAGCGAUUCUCCUGCCUCAGCCUCCCAAGUAGCUGGGAUUACAGGCACCCACCACCUCACCCAGCUAAUUUUUGUAUUUUCAGUAGAGACGGGGUUUCACCAUGUUGGCCAGGCUAGUCUCAAAACUCCUGACCUCAGGUGAUCUGCCCACCUCGGCUUCCCAAAGUGCUGGAAUUACAGGCCUGAGCCACCCCACCCGGCCUAUUUUCUUAAAGGGGAACAAAUGAUCUUGACAACAUAUUAUUCCAUAAAACCAGUUUAGGGCACAGGCCAGUUCCUGAUUAGAACACAGGACCUGUGGGAGGGACUAUCAGAGAUGCAAAAAUUACUUCAAGAUGAGUUUAUUGUUUUCAUUUGUAUUGCAAAAGUUAGAAGUCAUUUUACAAAUUAAAAAAACAUUUUUUUCUUGGUAGUCUUUAAAAAUUAGGGGAUUGAAAGGAUCCAGGAUGGGCUUUGUGUGUGUGUCUCAGAUUCUCAUUUAUUAGUGAGCACACCUGUGUAUAUAUAAAAAUCACAAGGAGAUCAUCAAGGGAAAACAUUUUGCAUGUGUAAAGCUUCAUGAAGUUCUCUUUAAAAAAUACCAAAGCUUGUUUAUUUCUGAUAAUUAACCUAAGCCCUUAUGAAAAUAAACAAAAUGAAGGGAUUAUGACAGGUAUUACCAAAAACACCAAAAGGAACAAAGGGGCCUGCAUUAAAACCUAAUUGCUAAUGCUUCACAACUAGGAGAGCAUGCCGUCUUGAUGUUUAAAAAACCCAGGGUCUCCACCCUUCCUUUGAUUUGUGCAAUUCUGUCUUCCACAGUUCCGGAGCCUUCAGUGAGGGGUAGCUACAUGCCCCAUGCCUGCCCUUUCUUUCCUUCUUUGCUCACUUUACUAUGGGUGUAUUUUAAUCUUGUAUAAAAAUAUGCAUGAAUGAGUCAUGCACAUGUAUACGUUAUGUAUUUGACAAGUGGUGGUAAAACAAAAUCAAAACAGAUUUGAUUUGUGUUUUUGAAAUGUCAGUACAUUUUGUGCCACUAACACUGUGAUGUAUAAAAGAGCUGUUUGAAUGCCUUUUAAUGUUGUGUUUUGUACUCUGGAAUCAUAUGGAAAAAGUUUGAUUUGUAAUUUCAAUACAUAUUUUAAAUGUA